AUGUCAGGACUUAUUUUGAUAACUGUGAAUAUGCAUGUGAUAGGUUGUGAUCUAAUUUGUAAUGUAUCAUUCAAGGUUUUAUAUGCAUGUAUAACCUCACUUGUAAAUAAAUCUUAUCCAACUUCUUGUAAAAUUGGCUACUUAUGUUUGUGACCUAGUUCCUAAGGUGAUGGAUAUAUAAUCUGGUGGUCCCAGGUUCCAGAUUUCCACCCCGUUAAUCAUUAAAUUCUUUCGAAUUCUCGCUUGCCUUGAGUCAGUUCACUCUCCUUGGCUGCAAUCUGUAAAUAACGAACUGGUCUGCCUCCUGUCUUUUGGAAAAUUCACCCAGUUUAUUUUUUUUGAAAGGCCUCCAUGAUUAGUAUAGUCAAAGAUUUGAUGAUGGUAUUUUUAACAUAAUUAUCAUUAUUAUUAUUACCCAUCUUGUUAUAGUCGCUUACUAAAAGGCCGAAAUCUUGAACAUUACCACUUAUUUUUCUCGCUCAGAAGCUCUCCCUACCCUCAGGUGUAAACAAGCUCACGAGAGAAGAUGGCUUGAUAGUCUAUCUUCAAAUAGCGCACAAGAAACCACAUUUUCACCAGGAGUAUUGCGAAAAACACAUGCGAUAUAGGUUCAGUUUCUGCUUUCUUGAGCCACACAAAAGUUAUUUAUAUUUUACCCAUUACGUUGAGACUUACCAUGAAUUAUCCUUACUGAUAUUGUAUUGUCUUAAGAACCGCCUGUGCAUUCAUAUGGCGGGAGAAGGAGAAUAGAACUUGACAGAAAAUGUAAAAUGUGAAUGGAUAACAGAAGAAGUAAAAGUGCAAGUCUCUGAAGGCGGAAUUUUUUCAAAAUCGUAUUCUUUUGUCGAAUACAUUAUUAAUACAGCAGUGAAGAAGAAGAAGAAAGCUGUUUCAAUCGCUGGAUCACAUCAUGUUUCAUUCAAAUACCGCAUUUAAAAACUAGUCUAAGUCGCAGAAGACAGAAAUCAAACCCUCUGUCAAUACCAAAAUUGAUCACAAGGCAGCAAGCAACGAAUUGUAAAUUUAUCAAGUCUCUACUUGACUAUGAAACACGUAAUAAAGGGGGUAAGUUUCUAAAGAAACUGUGGUGCUGCGUCACUGGGAGAGUAUAACUAGGUCAUUUUAUAUUAUCAACUUUUUGUAAUGUUAAAUCGGCCACCACCACGUUUCGAGCGUUAGCCCUUUGUCACAGCGAUUGGCGAAGGGCUAACCCUCCCUCUCAUGGAGGGCUAACACUCCAAACGUCAGCUUUGAAACUCUUUACGGUGGCUAUCAACUCAGUUGAUAAUACAAGUACACUGCGUCGAUAAGGUCCUCGGAGGAACGUAACCUAUGCAGGGGACCCGCAGAGAAAGACUGUAGCUCGUAUUGGAAAAUCAGGUUUGUCCAGUUUCAAUAGACCGUUGAGAUCCGUUUUUGUUAAGCCGUAACUGAGUAUUAAAGUCUAAUCCAAGGAACGGGAAGAGGUAUUCGUUACUUGGGUGUUACCUGUUAUAUUUCGUCUUUGUUCUUUGCUGCGUAACACUCUGCCGAGUCGGCAAAUCUUUAUUUGACCCUUCACUCUCAACUCUGAUGAUAUCUUCCGCUAAGACUGUCUCUACUACCAAGACGAUCAGGCUGAACGAUCAAAUGUUACUCCCGGGUUCAAACCAUUUACUGUAAUAUGUGUUUUGUAUCUUUACUUAUUACAUUCUUUUUAUUUUACAAAGAAAAAAAAUAAAAAAGAAGCAACUACACCAUCGUUAGGUAUUUUACGAUAUUCUCUGAGAAAUGAUGCAUGUACAACAAAUGUUAUCUCAUACCGCUGACAAGAUGCCAAAAUGACCUGGGGCUCGAGAUUGUGGUUUGCCUUGACUCACACCAUGUGGAAAACUGACCGAGAAAGCCUGAGGACAAUGUUGUAAAUGUGAAAGAUGGAUACCCAUUCUGGAAUUCUCUUGACCAAAUGUGCUCAGUUUCGAGACGAAGGGCAAUUUGUCGACGUUCGUUUAAAAGUCGGUAAAGAAACUUUUCCCGCUCAUCGCAAUGUGCUCGCUUCGUACAGCGAUUACUUCUACGCCAAGUUUGCAGAUGGAAUGAAGGAGUCGAACCAGGAAGUGAUCGAGCUGAAAGAUGAAAGCCUUUCGCCACACGUCUUCAAGAUCGUUAUCGACUGCAUCUACAGCGGAGAUCUUCAGAUCAAUAAGGAAAACGUGUUUGAAGUUCUUGCUGCCACAGACUAUCUUCAAGUGAGAAAUGUUCUUCAACGAUGUUGUGAUUUCUUGUUGACUGAAAUUAUUCAGUCAGCUCGAUUUGAUGUACAAAUGUAUCGUCGCGUUUGGGCAAUUACCGACAAACACAGCCUUAAAGAAGUUAAGGAAGUCGCAGAUCACAAGAUGGCAUCUAUGUAUACAGAUGUUUGUGAAAGUGAAGAGUUCCUGUCGAAUAUCGACGCAGACCAACUACUCAGCCUUCUCAGUCAAGAUGACCUUAAUGCACCUUCGGAGACGUUCGUCUUCAAAUCAGUGCUGGAGUGGAUUAAACACAAAAAGGAGGAGAGGAUGGCAGUUGCAUCCAAAGUUAUCGGAGCAGUUCGUUUGGGUCUGGUGGACGUCAAGGUCGUGAUUGAAGAACUAGAAAAAGAAGAAAUGCAGCGAGAUCCUGAGAUUAACAAACAUCUACAAAUAGCAAUGAAGCGUCACUGCAUGCCUCACAAAUUUUCUGCAGAGGAAGUGAAGCCGCGAUCGAUGAAAACGGUAAGAUGGUAAAUAUCACACACAAAGGAAGGCCCAGGAGCUUAGAUUAAUUCAGGAGCUUAGACAGUGAAAGUCGGUUUGUUUUUUACUCUCUAUUGUCGGCCAGUGUUAUAAUUUCCUUUCGCAUAAUUCAAGUACGAUUUUACGUUGUGCUACUCAUACGGAACCUGUAAGCCAACUUGUAUUUGCUGUUUGAACGUGAUUCGUCUGAGUAUGAGUAAUGAAGCUAUAAUUCACUGACUUCGAUUUCAAUCAAAGUCCUACGAAUUUUUAUAUACCUUGAAUCGAAUUUCCAGUACUUUCGUGGAUUACAAAUCUUUUUAACGACAGUCCCGAGAACAAAGACCGCAUGCUGACGACUUUUAAUUUGUAGUACUUUCUAAUCACACCGGACGGACACCUGAUGGGUCUGUGUUGCAGACGUUGAGUAUGAUUAUUUAGUUAUGAGUGUGCUCGGCUAUUUUAUUUCUGGCCAUCUUUUCUUGUAUCCAUUUUUUGGCUUUCAGCAAAGUAACUAAAUUACAAAAGAUAUCACAGUUUUUAUCAGUGCCCUCCGUUAUUAAGGUAUUCAUAUUCACUAUGGGAUUUCGAUAUGUUAUGAAAAUUACAAACGAAAUGCCUUAAUCCGAUAGGAGUAAAGUGUGCGAAAAAUAACCCAAUGAAAAACCCAACCCCUAUUUCCUGUAACAUAUAAAAUGAGGUGUUUUUUUUUGUUCUGCCUGGUGUACCAACAAAAACUUCGCAUUAAUUUGUUGGACUUGAAUCUAGGGACCAGCAUUAUUUGUCGCCUAGGGGGAGGGUUCAGUCGUCGCCAACAUGUUACAAAGUGACACAAUUAUUCCUCCGAAUUCCCCCUCUCCCCCUCCCCCCGAGGCGAUAAAUCAUGUCCGAUGCCUUACCUCAAGAGAUUAUAUAAUCCAUUGCUUACCAAGAGAUGUUUUAUUAUUAUGCUGUAGGUUCUUGUUGCAUUUUGCCCAUUUGAGAGGUCAGACUAUUACAGUAGUGUUCGGGAACCGAUGUCUCUCUACUUUGAUGAGGAAAGCAAAGAAUGGAAACUGUUAAAAUCUGUGCCAGAUGUAGGUGAAGUAGUAGAAAAGUGGUCUAGUGUGAAAUAUAUCGGAAAUUGUUUGUAUUUAGCCUCAUCAAAUGUUGUAGAAUCAGAUGUUUAUCGUUAUCACAUAGUGAACAAGUCCUGGGAAAAGCUUACAAAGUUGAGUUUCCUCAAGAUAAUCCAAUGUUUGUGUUCUGUUGGUGACUAUAUUUAUGCAAUAAGUGAAUCUAGUCCACCCGAGAUUUACAGUUUGGCUGACAACACCUGGCAGAAGUGCAGGGAUAAUUUGUAUUUAUUUAAACGAACAGCGUUAAAAUCUGUAGCAGUGGCGGUGAUGAACUAUAAGUUAUAUGUUAUGCAUGGGCUUAUUGGUUUGCGUCGAGCAAAUGCAGCAAAAUCUGCCUUAGUGCAUUGUUUUGACCCCCAAAAAAAUGAAUGGGAAAGCGUCGCCUCAACGUGUUAUCCUCACUUUGGAUCCAGUCUUAUUGUUGUCAAUAACAGACUGUAUGUGGCAGGGGGGAAAAAGGAGUACAGUCGAUACGGUCAGCCGUGCGGUGAAAAUGCACCGGUAGAAGUUUUUAAGGAGAAAAAAAGACUUCUACCUUGGUUUGGUAAAGGGAAAGUAAAACAACCACCGAAAAGCUGGUCUGUUGUAGAACAGAAACAUAUUCCCACCAACAGUCUUGGUGCCGUGGAAAUAGAAGGGAGGGUAUAUUUUAUCAUCAACAAAUUUCCAGUCGACAGUGGGAUAAGAAUUCAACCAGAGGACACGCACCAGGUUAAUCUUGAUGAAUGGAAAGACUUACGGACUGUGAGUGAGCAGGCAGUCUUGUGUUAUUUGCCUGUAAAAAAUGAAGACUUAAAUUGAAAGAAGCUCGAAGUUAUAUUAAUGGUCAAAAUGAAGUUAUUACUUAGUCAAAAUUUAAGUGUCUGAAUGGUUUGUUUUAAAAAAUAUUUAUCACAGCAUAAAAUGUCGAAAAAACGUUUUGUUUACGCCUUUCUUGGACCAAGGCAGUCACCUCGCAACAACAUUUAAUGCGUGGUUUAGACUUAGAAGGACUGGGAAGCACCCAUUUUGUUUUUUUUUUUAUUUUUAAAAUCAGGAAAGUUAGGAACCUGGAUUCAAUGUACUGAUUUUUUUCUCGAUUAUUCACGUCAGAUAAUUUAGGUACCAGUACGUUAAUAAAGACUCGCGCUGUUUCACCUCUUUACUAAUGAUGGAGUUUUCUAUAUGCAUAAAUAAAACUGAAAAUUGUUUUUUGUUGUCUUUCGUAUUUCGUAGUCAUUAAUUUGGAGCUAGACAUGAUUAUGGAGGGUCUCAAUGGGUGACGGCUUUUACGGUUAAAAUUAUGGCCAAUUUACGGCUAAAGGUUAACAUCUUUCCAUUGCUGUCACCAGAAACAUUUUAUUUUGUCUCCACUACACAACAAAUAACACAGUAGUGUACACCAAAUAAGUUUAUUUAGGGAAGCCUGCCGAGAACCAACCCGAGGCAUAUAUAGCCCGGGGCAUGCAUACAUACAUAUAUUCGCAACUGAUAUACCAUAUACAAUCCUGAUAUACAGUCAAUUCCUUACACAUUAAAAAAAGGUAUACAUUACUAACAUGCAAACUUCACCAAGUCUGGAUUAACAGAGAUGGGCAACCGCUUACAAGGACAUAACUACGGUUAUACAGACGCCAGAAAAAACCUGCCAGAAAAACCCCUUUGGGGAAAAAACAUGACAGGAAAUCUGGGUAGGAACCAUGGCCCAAACUCAGAGCAGUUGGCAGCCCAUCCUACGAGGCUUCACAGCUAAAGAAAAUAUGUUUUCAAACUAAACUAAAUUUGUCAUCAGCCAGAGGUGAACGGUUGGUUCUGAGGCCUAGAUGGACGCCACGUGCUAUACUUUCCCUUAUAUACCACUGCAUCAUUACCCAUGAUGCUCGGGCCUAAGGCCUAGGCCUUGUCGUAUCUCGUGCCGACAAAAUAUUUAUUUCUGCCUUAUUCGCGGACUCAUUCGUCAGAAACACCAUUUUUUACUGUUAACUUUUGUUACGACUAAUGGUUAAAACUUGUCAAUUUCUAAGCCUUACGGUUUUUUUUGGCCGUUUUACGGCCAACGGUUAACUCAUUGAAACCCUCAUUAUAUUGAGUGAGUAUAGACACAGGGAUGGGAUGAAAAAGCAUACGUCUUUUUUUCUGCUAGAGAUGUGUUUGUAAGUUUGUGUGUAGAAACAUUAUUACUGAAUUUGUUUACAGUUUCGUCCAGCAUUAAAAGUGGCGCGAAGAAUCCGUAAUAAAAGUUGCAAUUAUCAGGGUUAGAGGUACAUUACGUGUGUUUAUGGUCACUGAGCGAUUUUUGGGCUACGAACUUAGAGAUCGAACUUAGGAAAGUGAAACUUGGUGAUAUAACUGUACUGAUCUUGAUAAAUGUGAGGCAUCAUAAUCAUGAUCUUACUUGUUAGUUAUAUUGACUGAACUUGUUAUUUUUACUUUUGAAUGUACAUGUGAUAAUGCUCAAUAAAUUUGUUACUUUAUCGCCUAGUGUUUUGUCUUUGACUCGCAAAGCAUAACCGCAGUAGGCAGAUUAGUGCACCCGUUUCCUUGCGUUCAAAUAUUUUCCAUUCUUAGGCACUGUUCUAUUGCACGUGAUUACGGGUUAUUUACGCACACUGAAGCUUUGUCAAUGUUAGGCAUGUUAUGGCUCGUGGGAUUUUACUGAACCACUCAAUCGACUACUGCAACCAUUCGGUUGAGAUCGCGUUUAAAUGCAAGAGCAAAUGAAUACAGAUUUCAGUAAGUUCUUUGAAUCGAUGCUUGCUCGAUGCAUUUGCUUCUUACUUUUUGAAAGAUUGAGAUCGAGAGAUACCAGUUGAACAUUACUUUAAAAAUCAAAAUUAAAUACUGACAUGCAUGAUUUAGCAAAUUCUUGUUUUGAACUAAGAGUUACAAAGCUCCGAGUUAAUUCAAGAUUCAAGUUAUGCAUGAGCUUGACUUUUUGCGGAAUUGUCGCUGAAGGUCUAUCGUUGUUAACUCGGGUUGUUAUUAUGCGAUCAUGAGAAACUGCAAUGAACUUAACACCUGACGGAAAAAAUUGAGGUGCGUGGCAAAUGUAAAUUUGUUUGCCUGUAAAGUGGUUAAUAAAUUCGUUGAAGGAGAAAUCAAUUAAAAUUUAACGUUUUAAGUACCCAGAAGUUUUGAGACGUAGACGGCUGCCAAAGAAUGGAAUAAAUUCUGGUGAGUCUUGAAAAUCAACUGUGAAACUCUUGUCUCAGCAUCUCAGGCAUAACGGUAAGGACACAAGAUCUGUUGUAACCGCUAGGGAAAAGAACUCUAAACUCCCGGCUGCCUCCCGUGUUACUAAAAUGUAUUUUCUUAGGCGCACUAAGUUUAAUACUGUACGGAGUGUAUUGCGGUGAAAAAACAAAAUUGUAAUAAUUGAACGAAAUCAAGCGCUGCUGUUACACUUUUCCUCCUAAGUAUUUAAAAAACUGAGCUCAAAUGAUCUCAAAUUCCUUACCUCUUUAUAUCUAUCUUUCCAACCCUCUCCGUGGCAAUAUGCAAAUACUGCCUAACUCAAGUUUCAUAAUUGAUCUCUGGUCACGCGAUCAAGCGACUCAAGCGAGUGACGGGAGUCGUGCGAAUUCAACUGUCUCUCUUCCUAAAAUGGCUGCAUCCUCUGAGAUUUUACUUUUAAAAUGCGCUAAGUUUAGGGAUGAGGGUCAAUUCAUCGACGUUCGAUUAAAAGUCAGCGACGGCGUUUUCACAGCUCAUCGUAUCGUGCUGGCUGCGAGUAGUGAUUAUUUCUACGCCAUGUUUACAAAUGGAAUGAAGGAGUCAAGCCAGGAAGUGAUUGAAUUGAAAGACGAAAGCAUCACGUCAAAUGCUCUAAAGAUCAUCUUAGACUCCAUCUACACUGAAGAUCUCCAUGUCACCGAGGAAAACGUGUUCGAUGUACUCGCUGCAGCAUUUCACCUUCAAGUGACGAGUGUUGUACAACAAUGUAGCGAUUUCCUGAUGAAGGAAUUUGUUCAGCUCCGACUGGACUUGCAGAAUUACCGUCUGCUCUGCACGGUUGCCGACAGACACGGUAUGAAAGAUCUGCGAGAGGCGGCGGAGAGCAAGAUGGCAUUAAAGUUUAAGGAUAUCUGUGAAAGCGAAGAAUUUUUGUCCAUCAUAGAACCCGACCAGUUAGUCAACCUUCUCAGCCGAGAUGACCUCAGCGCACCGUCUGAGACAUUCGUCUUCAAAUCAGUGAUGCAGUGGAUUAAACACAAGAAGGAGGAGAGGAUGGCAGUUGCAGCCAAAGUUAUUGGGGCUGUUCGUCUUGGUCUAGUGGACAUCAGAGUUGUGAUUGAAGAACUGGAUACAGAAGAGAUGCAGAGAAAUCCUGAGAUCCACAGGCAGCUACAUGAGACGUCCUUGUAUAACAACAUACCUUCUCGCAAUUCGAAGUUUGCAGAGGAAAGAACUAAACCGAGAUCAGCAAGCCAGGUCAGUAGAAGCACCGGUUAA